GCCGUGCCCGGUGCCCAUGACCCUGGGGGCGCUCCAGCAGCCCCUCUGGACGGCUUGAUAUGGGCAACCAGGUGGAGAAACUCACCCACCUGAGUUACAGGGAAGUGCCCACGGCCGACCCCACCGGCGUGGAUCGGGAUGAUGGCCCGCGCAUCGGGGUGUCCUACAUCUUCUCCAACGACGACGAGGACGCAGAGCCACAGCCUCCCCCGGUGGGGCCCGAUGGCACGGCAUUGCCAUCGUCACCAUCAUCAUCGCUGGCCCCCCAGGCGCAGCAGCAGCAACCCUCCUACGACCCCAGGGUGCACGAAGUCGAGUGCUCCGUGUUCUACCGAGAUGAAUGCAUCUACCAAAAGAGCUUCGAGCCCGGCUCGGCGGCACUGAGCACCUACACGCCGGAGAAUCUGCUCAACAGGUGCCAACCCGGAGAUCUGGUGGAGUUUGUGUCCCAGGCGCAAUACCCGCACUGGGCCGUGUAUGUGGGUGACUUCCAAGUGGUGCAUCUGCACCGGCUGGAAGUCAGCAACAGCUUCCUCACCGAGGCCAGCCAGGGCCGGCGGGGCCGCGUGGUGAACGAUCUGUACCGUUACAAGCCCCUGAACCCCGCCACGGUGGUGCGCAACGCCCUGGCGCAUGUGGGUGCCAAGGAGCGCGAGCUGAGCUGGCGCAAUUCGGAGAGUUUCGCCGCCUGGUGCCGCUUUGGCAAGCGCGAGUUCAAGAUCGGAGGCGAGCUCCGUAUCGGCAAGCAGCCCUACCGCCUGCAGAUCCGCCUGUCUGGGCAACGGAGCCACACGCUGGAGUUCCAGAGCCUGGAGGAUCUCAUCAUGGAGAAGAGGCGCAACGACCAGAUCGGGCGCGCGGCGGUGCUGCAGGAGCUCGCCUUGCACUUGCACCCCGAUGAUGAAGGCCAAGGGGCCCGGACUACACCGCCUCCUGGGUGCCCUCCAGCUUCAGGUCUGCCGGAGGUGGAGGAGGAGCACCAAAAAGAAGGGGAGGAAGGCGCAGAGCCUGGGGCGCACUGAUGGAGAGCUUUGCGCCAGAGCGCACGGCACCGCAAGGGA